AGCCACACAAGCAAGACAGCCGCCGAAGAACUAUAUCCACACGACCAGACACCCGCACGCGACGCACGAGGCAGCCAUUGGAGGAGCGGCACACUACACGAUGCAGACGGCGAAGGUGAGGGCCAAGGACAUGGUGAGCUCGGCCCAGGAGAAAGCGAAGGAGGGAUCGGCCGAGGUGCAGGGCAAGGCGGGCAAAGCCGCGGCGACCACGCACGGCGAGAAGGAGAUGGCCAAGGAGGAGGAGCGCGCGCACAAGGCCCAGGCCGACGCGCAGAAGCACCAGGAGAAGGCCGAGCACCGCGCCAAAGCGGCCGCGGGAUGCCACGGCACGGCUGGGACGCACGGCCACCACGGCCCCGUCGGCACCCCUGUGGCCCCUGACCCCGCGUACCCGGCCAGCGGCUGGCACCCGGCGGCGGAGAAGUACAUCUAGAGAUGGCCACGGGAGCAGGAUGCCCGUCAGUCAGGAUGGCCAUGGGAGCAAUGUUUUAAAUAGUGGGCUACGCCAAAUAGCGGCGGACCUCAUAAUCAGCUAUAGCGGGCUAUAACGGGUUGUUUAUACCUGAGACCCUUAUGUACUCUGAGACCAUUUAAGGCCUUGUACAAUGGGAGGUGCUUAUGAGAGGUGUUUAGAGAAAUAAACCAGGAUUUUCUUAA